UUUCUUGACAUUUGCUUACUACCUGGCUUUGAUCUAAAGUUACCAAACCUAAAGCCAAAGCCAGCUUCGGCUAAACCGAACCUUAUUUUCCUCUCUAUUUUGUUUUCGCCUCGAUUGUAUAUAAACAACAAUAUUUUUUAUCAUUACCAAAGCAAACAACAGCCGAGAAGAAAACCAGACUCAGAAGCGCGUUUUGUUUUCUUGUUUCUUUUCUUUCAAAAGCUAUUUACCCACAACCCAAUAGCGUCUUCUAUUAUUUUCUUGUUUCGCAUUUCCAGGGCUUCCCAAUCAAAUUCCAAUGAGUGAUCACCUGGUUUUCUGUGCUGAUAGACUCAUAACGCCCAAAAGUUUGCAGGAAAUGGAAGAAGAUAAGGAGCCAGUAUCUUCUGGGGAGUGUUCAUCAUCUCAUACUGCUGAUGAACACACUUGUGUUAUUGAUGUUGAGCGAGUGGGGAAACACGGGGUAUCAGAGGAAGAAGAACCACUUAUUCAAACAAUGGAAUGUCGCAUUUGCCAGGAGGAAGAUAGCAUUAAUAAUUUGGAAGCUCCAUGUGCUUGUAGUGGUAGCUUGAAGUUUGCACACAGGAAAUGUGUUCAGCGGUGGUGUAAUGAAAAAGGAGACAUAACUUGUGAGAUAUGUCAUCAGCCUUAUGAACCUGGUUAUACUGCCCCUCCACCUCCCCUUCCAAUGGAAGAUACAGCAAUUGAUAUCAGUGAGGGUUGGACCAUUGCGGGCACUCCUUUGGAUUUGCAUGAUCCUCGAAUUUUAGCUAUGGCAGCAGCAGAACGUCAUUUUUUAGAGGCAGAAUAUGACGAUUAUGCUGAUUCCAGUGCUAGUGGAGCUACAUUUUGCCGCUCUGCAGCUCUAAUUUUAAUGGCUCUUCUACUCUUGAGGCAUGCUAUGUCCCUCACUGGAGAUGGCGAUGAAGAUGCUUCUGCAUUUUUCUCUCUUUUCCUGAUAAGGGCUGCUGGUUUUCUUCUCCCAUGUUACAUCAUGGCCUGGGCCAUCAGUAUAUUGCAGCGACGAAGACAAAGACAGGAAGCGGCAGCUCUUACAGCAACCGAGGUUGCAUUCAUGCUGCAGGCAGGGCAACGACGGAGCUUGCAAGUCACAAUAGCACCUGGAUCUGGAACAACUCCUCACCAAGCUGCAACUCCACAACAAGAGCCACUUCAAUGAUGAGCUUGCUAUAGAAACGUGAAUGAUUGUCUUUGCUUAUGCGGGCCUUAUCUGAUUGGGUUAUUUUCAACUUUUUGCACAUUUAGUCUUUUGACGUGUAUGUACAUAAAUCUUUCAUCACACAGCCCUGUUUUGGGCUGCUUGAGAUACCUUUGUGUGCAGUGCUUAUGAUCACAACUGCAAGAUAUUCUGAGAGUUUUGUUGUGACUUUGGCAUGAUCAUCAUGCACCCCUUAAAAUGUAUUUGUUUAUGCCCAUGUAUACAAAAACAAGAAUUUAUUUUGGA